ACAAUUCGCACUUCGCAGUUCGCUCAAUGCACUUGGAACAAAUUGUCAAGGCUCAAGCCCUGGACUACUCAUCAUUCAUCAAUCAAAAGUAGUGUCUUCAUAAUAAUUGUGGUUCAUCUAACAAGUGUUCCCAAAUUGUAGUUUCUACAAAAAAAACCACUUAAGUAUUACAUCAUUUGCAUAAAAUAACUAUUAAUAUUAGUCAAGCCUAUUGGUUGUUUGUAAAGUAUUAUAUCCUAGUGUUUUAUACAAUUAUAUAUUCAACAUCACGUAGUUCAUGUAUAUUUUUACUGGAAAAAAAUGGGAAGCUUUUACUAAUUACAUGAAAAAUAUAUUAAUUACUAUGAAGUGGUCAAAUAUUUGGCUAAUGUCACCAAGAAACCAGCAGUUUUGAGUUUUAAACUGUCGCUAAAAUAAAAUAAGAUAAAAUGGCAGACGGCUACUCAAGAUUUGAUGAUGAUAUUGUGAACUCGUAUCAUUCCCAAUCACCUACCAAUCGAAAUGGAGAUGUUCCGCUUAGUAUUAACGAAACGACAAUUGCAAAUGAUGAUGGAGAAAAUAUAGAUUUAAGAGGACAUUUUGAUGGAAGAUUAGAUGUUAUAUUUAGUGAUGGUGACCGUAGAAUUGAUGUUGACCAAUUUUGGGAAAUGAACUAUCAUGAGGCAGCAAUUUUUUUAGAAGAAGGUGAAAACAACGAAAAAUUUGAUUCCCAUCCUCAUGAACCAGAAGCUCUUCCUGCUUAUCUCUUGGUGCAUAAUAAUUGGUAUUAUGGUAUGGAUUUAGCAACAUCAUUAGUCCUUAUAGUUUUAGCAUUCGCUGAAGAUCCAGCAACACCUCCGUUUGAAAUGCCAGUUGCUCUCCACAGUAUUAUUGAAUUGUUAUCUCUUGGUGUUAUUGGCCUUGGACUAGCUUUAAAACUGAGAUGGAUGGGAUGGUUAACAAUAUUAAAACAUAAAAGAACAAUGUUAAAGUGCGUUACUUUAGCAAUUAUGAUUGUAGAAGCAUUUAUUGUAUUAAUUCGUGAGACAUCUCAUUUUCGUGUUACACGAGCACUCCGGCCAAUCUUUUUGGUAGAUACUCAUUAUUUAGGAGGAGUUCGGCGUUUCAUUCGACAAAUACUACAAUCGCUACCUCCAAUUUUUGAUAUGCUUUUGCUGAUAUUCUUUUUUGUAACUGUGUAUUCAGUGCUUGGUUACUAUUUGUUUGAAAGCUGUACUGAUGAACACAAUCAUUUUGACACAUUGUUCAACAGCUUUGUCAAUAUGUUUGUUUUGUUAACUACAGCCAAUUUUCCUGACAUCAUGAUGCCAGCUUACUCCAAGUCCAAGUGGUAUUCAUUAUUCUUUAUAUCAUACUUGUGCAUCGUAUUAUAUAUGCUCAUGAAUUUAAUGUUAGCUGUUGUGUAUGAAACAUUUACAAGUAUUGAAAGGGAUAAAUUUCGCAAAUUACUUUUGCAUAAACGUCAAGCAUGUCAAAAUGCUUUUAAACUGCUACUGACAAAAGAAAAUCCCAAUCAAAUGGAGUUUCCUCAGUUUGAAGGUCUCAUGAAGUAUUAUGCUCCUAAAAAAGGCAAUCGAGAUACUAUAGUGAUGUUCAGAUUUUUAAACACAAGUGGAUCUGGCUCAUUAAAUAUUGAUGAAUUUUAUUCUGUCUACGAUUCUGUAAUGAUGUCUUGGCAACCACAAGCAUUAGAUACACCGUGGUAUUUUACCGCACCUCCUACAGUUCAAAAUAUUUGUCAAAUGGCAAACUCGAUUAUCUCAUGGCCUUAUUUUGAUCAUAUAUUUUAUUUUCUCACUGUAAUGAAUGGUAUUGCAAUGGUUGAACGUGGCAUGCACACAUACCCAAAUAUUAAUGAGUCCAUACUUGCAUUUAGCGCUGGAUGGGAUACAUGUUUCUUUUUAGCGUGUUUCACUAUAGAAGUUGCUCUUAAAACGUUAGGAUUAGGACUGGAACGCUAUUUUUCAUCAGGAUGGAAUUUGUACGAUUUUGUUGUAACAAUGGGUGGUUUAAUUGGUGUUGUGUCGUUACGUUUCUUUCCGAAAUUUGUAUACGUAGUUGUGUUUAGACCUCUAAAACUUUUAAGAUUAUUUAAAUUGAAAAAGCGAUACAGGGAUAUCAUUGGUACUAUGGCUAUUUUGUCACCUUUAAUUAAGUCUGCCGGAUGUGUUAUGCUGGUCAUGUAUUAUUUCUUUGCUAUUAUUGGAAUGGAACUGUUUGCCGGCUAUGACAUGAGAAAUUGUUGCAACGGUACAAAUAUUGAAACUUAUUAUAAGUACACGCCAGACAAGUCUGGAUAUUACUACUUAAACACGUUUCCUAAUUUGGCGGUAAGCCUCGUCACACUAUUUGAACUCACUGUUGUGAACAAUUGGUUUGUCGUAAUGAACGGUUAUGCUUCAAAAGUGCAUCCUACCAGUAGAGCAUAUUUUGUACUUUUUUAUCUUUUCACUAUGGUCGUUUUAACCAUUGUUGUAGCGUCUGUCUUGGAAGCUUUUAGAUUCCGAAUUCAGUACAAGAAACAAACAACAAAACGAGAUGAGGAAAAACUACUUCAUGAAGAAGUUGAAUUAAAAUGGGAAGAUGUUAUGAAUUAUGUAAAAGAUUUUCAAGCGUUACAGAAAUUUAGAUCUGAUAUGUUUGUUGGAGUUGGCAAAAUAACCUUCCUAGGAAGUAGACCAAGAAAUCGACAAGUACUUCAACGGCGCAUGUAUAGACAUGAAAUUGAUCAAUGGAUGCAAGAAGCUGCAGCUAUUGAUAAACGGCUUUAAAUUGGUAUUUGUAAGACAUGAAUAACGUAUUAAUCCAGCAAAGUUUUGUUAAAUGAUAUAAAAACAGUACACAUGUAAUAUCACUGUUAGGUAGUAACUAAAAACUAUUUAUUUAAAUUUUGUUGCUAAACACUUGAGAUUACUAAAAUUAAUCUAUUUUUGUUUGUUAAAAUUGAAAACAAACUAAUAAUUUUAUUUAUUCCAAUCAUAAUGUUUUAAAAUCACCGAGGAUCACCAUCAUAACCAUUCUUGUUAUUAUUUAUUAGUUAUCACUUUCUGUUAUGUAUAUUUUAUUAAGAACUUAAUAUCUUUAGUCUGUGAUUGUAGUGUUAACUUUGGACAAAAGUGGCCAGUAUUAUUUUUUAUUUAUGGUUUAAUUUUUAGAAACUUGAUUUGGUUUUUUUUUUUGCUUAUUGCAGUACUUAUUUAUUGAGUUAUUUUUUAUUUUUGUCAAUUUUACAUACAAAACUUAGAACAAAUGUAGUAAUGAUCGAACAAAAUAGUAAAAUCGUUUAAUAUUAUUUUUUAGUGAAACAUUUUCGUAGUUAGGUAAUAGAUUAUUAAUAGUAAAUUAAUUGCUUAUGAUACAGUUAAAUUCUGCAACUAGCUUGAUAAAUUUUGUACAUCAGCGUGCAGUAAGUAUUUUUAAAUUUGAGGGACCAGAUACACUGAGGUUUUUGUUAAUUGUAUUCAUGUAUACAAAAAAUGUUCUAAAACUUUUUAUUCAUUCUUACCCACGACAAUUAAAUUAUUAAAUAACCCUUUAACUAAAAACUAAAAUCAUUGUAAAAAAUAAUAUUACUAUUAUU